CCGGAAGAGCUCCGAGGCGGGUUUGGGGGAUGAAGUCCACCCGCGGUGGCCGCCUGGACUGUCGGACGGUGACAUCGCAGGAGAGUCCUUAGUUCACAGCUCUGGUUAAUGAUGACUUCCUUAUUCACUCAAGAAAUUCGCCUUUCUAAAAGACAUGAAGAAAUAGUAUCACAAAGAUUAAUGUUGCUUCAAAAAAUGGAGAAAAAAUUAGAAGACCAAAAUGCAGAAAGGGCAUCUCAGCUGCAAGCCAUGGAAACUGCUUUGAAAAGGAAUCAUAAUCUUUUAAAGGAUGUAGAGGCGGCCGAGAAGUCCCUGCAGGCCAGGCUCCGCUCACCCCCGUGCCCUGAGCUGGUUUCUCUAGAGACUCGUUACUGGGCAUCAGUAGAAGAAUAUAUUCCCAAAUGGAAACAGUUUCUUUUAGGCAAAGAACCAUAUCCUACUGGUGUUGAAAGUCCAAAAGAAGCAGAAAAAAACCUUUCAGCAUGAAGCACAGCGAUAACUCCUUCCGGUGCUGUUCCAGAGCGCUUGCUUCAGGAAGCUGCGUGUGAAGGCGUGUGUAGGUAACCCUGUUAUCUUGAGGAGGUGACUGUUCUCCUGCUGUUCCUUACCUCCUUCGGGAAUCUUCUGGGAAAUCUCAGGUUAUCACUUAUUUUUCAAAGUCAUGCAAUGCCUUGUAUUAAAACUGUGGGUGAAGAAAAACUGAGAGAAAUAUCAUUCCCCUACUCCUGUUUUAAAAUAAUAUUAAUAAUAAUAAUCCUGUACUGUGUUCAUUAAGUGAACUUCAGAUGAGCGUUGUGUUUUUAAGAAAAAAAAUUAGAAUUAUUCUCAUCUCCACCGUCAUAUGACCAUCGUUUUAAGUUUUCCAGAAUCUUGACUUUUCACUUGUUUUAUUAUGGAGACAAGAUACCAAAGGAGUUACCUGCUUAAUAACGUGGUCGCUCGUGGCAAGUGAAGACAGCGACCCUCUGUGGGCCUUCGUGUCCCGUUCAUCACAGAGCCCCGAGAUCAGUGCCUCUCACAGGAAGAGUCCUCCAAAAGUCCAGGUGGCAGCGGGCGCCAGGCUGUACCACAUCUGCCAAGCAGUCGGUCUCCGGAGGGCACAGACUUGGUGCUGGAAUCGGAGAGCUAUUCAAAAUAGGAACAGUUACUGGAUUUCAACACAGUUACUUGGGAUUGGCAACCAAGCAAAUGCAAAGACACCUCAUUCUCACCUUUUCACCUUUAAACUUGCCCCUUUCCCUCUGUU